AUGACGAUGGAGUCGGUGAAAACAAUCGACUUCGACGAUGGUCAAUACCGCCAUGACGUCCUCGGCCUGCCGUCCGAGGAAGCCGAGCUGUCGCAGGAGCAGAAAUUGGUCGACGAAGCGCGCCAGCUGGGGUUGCAAGUGCCGGAGAUCGAGGUGCUGGCAUCGCUAGCCGCGUCGAUUGCCUCCGGUAUGGUCGACCUCUCCUCCCCGAUCCUGUCCUCGGGCUCCUCGACCGAUCGCAACUCGGUGUGCGAGACUCCGAUCAACGAAGCCCCGCCCCUCGACCAGGUCGCUUCCUCGCUGUCCGAGUUCACCCUGUCUUCCGAUCCCACCAAAUGCGGCAGUACCCGAUCGAUCGCUUCCCUGUCCACCCGCCCGACGUCUUUUAGCUCGAGCGAAGGGAGACUGGCGCAUGGUCUAGAGAGCCUGGCUGGGCGGACGGCGGGCCAGCGUCACUCCUUUCUGAGCGUGGGGUCCAGCGAGAAGAAGGAGCGGAGGAAAUCGAGCAUCAAGUCGGCGAUUGAUAAAAUCCACUUUCGAAAAAGGCGGUCUCCGUCGGCGGUUCUCCUGCCCCCGGCGGCGCAGGUCAUGGUUGCGAAGAAUGAUGGGAAGAAUCGGGUCUAUCUGGAGACCAAGCCCGAUGAGACGCCUCGGUCCGAUGGCGAGAAUAAAGUGCUGAAGCUGGAGAUUCCCGUGUUUGACAACGAGUCCCUGCAGAGGAGCCUUGACAGUGAGGAGCUGCAGCAAAUGCGCGAAGCCCACCAGAUGGAGCGGAACCGGCACCUCACCUACCAAGACGUGUUCAUGCGUGAGCUGCGACAGAAACAGCAGGCGACCGUAGCCGAUACGCUCGCCGAGAACAAGAAGAUGGAAGAACAAAAACGUGAAAAGAAUUCGGCCGCCGCCGUUCGGAUGGAAGAAAGACAACUGACGGUGGAAAUGGACCAAAUGCGGGAGUUUGAACGCGCCAAAGUCAAUUCACGUACACGGAUCAAAUACAUGGAAGGAUUCUUCAACAACGCCAGCCCUCCCUCCUCACCUCAAGCCGGACCUUCGUCCGCGCCCGAGAUGCCAUCACCACCUACUCGCCAGUUCACGGCGCAACAUAAAGCCCAGCUGGCCCAGGAAUAUCGUGACCGUGACUCCAUGGACCAACUGCACGAAUCGAAGAUCAAGGUCCUCCGCGACCGACAAGAGAUAAGACUCCAGGAGGCGAUCGCUCGCAUGGAGCGGGAACUGGACGAUCUCAUUGACAAGCACGCCUUGGGAUUUGCGCGGCUCCAGAGCGGGCAUCAGCAAGAAGAAAUGGCCGUGAUACAAGCCUUCGACGCAAAGAAAACCCGACUACACCAUCGGUGGAACCUCGAGGAAGCCAUUGUGCGAAAGAAACUCGAACUGCAACACAAGCAGCCCUACGGCCCGUUACCUCCGCUGUCCUUCAGCGACUCGCACUACGACACGCGGGACUCGGCCAUCUGCGUCACCGACCACACCGAGUCGAGCAGCGGCGAUGAGGAACAUACGCACCAGAAGAGAGAGGGGUCGGUGCUUUGA